CUCCCUCUUUCCUAAAACCCUAAUCUCAAUGACAACCACCGUAGCAUCACCGCCGCCACAUCACCCAGAGCAACUCGCUCCACCUUCAAGAGUAAGCCCCAAGACCCUCGAAGGCGCCGUCACCGCACUACUCAAAUGGAGAAGCGAGAAAUCAAAAACAGAGAAACCUCAACUCCUGGAGCAAGACGAGUUCAUCUACCUAAUCAUAACCCUAAAGAAAAUCCCACAAACAAACCGCACAAAGCCUCACCGCAUCCUCCUCCCUCACCCUCUCAUCAACACUCAAGAAGACUCUCCUGAGCUUUGCCUCAUCAUCGACGACAGACCUAAAAGCGGACUCACGAAAGAAGACGCGAAGAAGAAGAUCGAAUCCGACAACAUCCCCAUCACCAAGAUCCUCAAGCUCUCGAAGCUCAAGACUGAUUACAAAGCCUACGAAGCUAAGCGUAAGCUUUGUGAUUCUUACGAGAUGUUUUUCGCUGAUAGGAGAGUGAUUCCUCUGCUUCCGAGGUUGAUCGGGAAGAAGUUUUUCACGAGCAAGAAGUUACCUGCUGCUGUGGAUUUGAAGCACAAGAAUUGGAAGGAGCAGGUGGAGAAGGCUUGUGGGUCCGCGAUGUUUUUCGUUAGGACGGGGACGUGUAGUGUUGUGAAAGUUGGGAAGUUGUCUAUGGAAGGGGAUGAGAUUGUUGAGAAUGUGAUGGAGUGUUUGAAUGGGGCUGUUGAGGUUUUGCCGGGUAAGUGGAAGUAUGUUCGGUCUUUGCAUUUGAAGUUGUCGGAGAGUGUGGCUUUGCCUGUUUAUCAGAGUGUUCCUGAUUUGAAGCUGAAGAUUGAUGCUUUUGGGAGUGGGAAGAGUGUUGUUGUUAAGGAGGAGGAGGAGAAGAGUGAGGUGGUGAAGGAGGAGAAGAAGAAGAAGAAAGGGAGGAUUCAUGAGGUUAGGUAUAUGGAUAGUAAUGUGUCUGAGGUGCUUGAUGAUGAUGAGAUUGGUGAUGUUGAAGUAGUGCCUAAUGAGAUUAUUGAGUCUAAGGAGAAGAAGAAGAGGAAGAAGGAGGUGGCUGAGGUUGUAGAAGCUGAGAAGCCUAAGAAGAAAGUGGCUAAGGGGAAGGUGAAAGAGAAGAGUAAGGAUGAGUUAAAUCCUAAGAAGAAGACGACUAAGGUUACGAAACAAGGGUCUGGUGGUGGUUUGAAACCAAAGAGGAAGAAGACUGCUUAGAAAGGGAAUGAAAGAUCUGUUUUUUUUUGCUUCUUUUUCAAUUGGGUAAUUUUAUGUUUUAUCUUAGUGCUGAUUACACUUUGGAGUCUUUCAUAUCUUGUACUGAUGCUUAUUUUAAAUGUUGAACCUGUGUUACUGUUGUUUGGUGGUUUUGUGGAGUAAACAAAACUACUGUUACCAGUUUU